AAAGAAUCUAAACGAAAACGAACACGUGAUAGUCAACUCAUUCUGAGGUGAUCAAUGUUACUAGUAUUAUUUCCCCUUUGAUUUGAAGUUGAAAGAAGAUCGGUUGAUUCAGUUCAUCGAUGGUCAACUCGUGAUUCUAUAAACGAAAACGAACAAGAAGCGCCCAAAUUUCUUCAGUCGCACUUCUUCAGACUACAGAAAAAUGUCUUCGGUGGUGGUGGUGGCGGCGGCGGACACAGAUACAGACGAUCCUACCCCUCUCCUUCAUGACUCAUCGCCGUACGGUGACUCCGCCGCAGGUGACGAGGAGAUCGCCCCUUCAUCAUCGUCGAACGAGCCAGAUGGAUUAUCAAGACCUAAUUCGUCUGUUGGUUCCAAUCAACGCCUCGCCUCUCUCGACGUCUUCCGAGGUCUCACUGUUGCCUUGAUGAUUUUAGUAGAUGAUGCCGGAGGAGCAUUUCCGUCAAUAAACCACUCUCCAUGGUUUGGUGUGACACUUGCUGACUUUGUAAUGCCGUUUUUCCUAUUUGGUGUUGGUGUUUCCAUCGGUCUGGUCUUCAAGAAAGUAACAAACAAACAGUCUGCUACCAAGAAAGUCAUACUCAGAACAAUUAAGCUUUUCCUCUUGGGGGUGGUACUGCAAGGUGGGUAUUUCCACGGGCGCAAUGACUUAUCAUACGGAGUGGAUGUUCGCAAGUUACGAUGGCUGGGUGUGCUGCAGAGAAUUUCAAUUGGAUAUCUGUUUGCUUCAGUUCUGGAGAUAUGGCUAGUUAACAACGUUGCAGUUGACUCAGCCCUAACAUUCGUUAAAAGAUACUGCAUCCAGUGGACGGCUGCUUUCUUGCUAGUAUCGGUUUACAUGAGCUUGUUCUAUGGCCUUUUUGUUCCAGACUGGAAUUAUGAAGUUCCAUCCGUAAACAUGAGCUCAUCAACAUCAAGAUAUGGUUCUGGAACCCAAAUUGUCCAUUGUGGAAUGAGGGGCAGUCUUGACCCUGCUUGCAAUGCAGUUGGCUUGGUUGACCGAUUUAUUCUCGGUGUAGAUCAUCUUUAUCAACAUCCUGUGUAUAGAAGAACAAAGGAAUGCAGUGUGAACUCUCCUGAUUAUGGACCUCUACCACAAAACCCACCAGAAUGGUGCCUUGCUCCAUUUGACCCAGAGGGCAUCUUAAGCUCAUUGAUGGCUGCCAUGACAUGUGUGGUUGGAUUGCAUUUUGGACACAUUAUUGUGCAUUUUAAGGGCCACAUGCAGAGGGUGUUUCUGUGGUCCAUGUCAUCCUUCCCUCUACUAAUUUCAGGCUAUGUCUUAUUUGUGUUAGGUAUUCCUCUUUCUAAACCGCUCUACACUUUGAGCUACAUGUGCAUUACAGCAGGAGCAUCAGGCUUCCUCUUAACCAUUAUCUUUUACGUAGUUGAUGUCAAGCAUGUUAAAAAGUCUGCAAUGGUGCUUCAGUGGAUGGGAAUGAAUGCUCUCAUUAUUUAUGCUUUGGGUGCUUGUGACCUAUUUCCAGCAGCUUUGCAAGGUUUAUAUUGGCGUUCACCAGAAAAUAAUCUGGUUGACGGCACAGAAUCGCUGUUGCAAUCCAUGCUUCACUCCAGGAAGUGGGGUACCCUUGCAUUUGUAGUGCUUGAGAUAUUAUUUUGGGGUCUUGUAGCUGGUUUCCUGAACAUGAAACGCUUUUACAUACGGUUGUAGAAGUUUACUGGCAUGUCAUAAUAUUAACUCGCUAAUCUCUUUGUACAGUUUUUUUUCUUACAUGGUGGUGGAAAAUAUUACAAGAGCAAUAACAUACCCAAUACCCAAUCGAAAUUUUCUUGUCCCUUUUUUUCUGAACCACCCCUCCCAUAAUUGGAUGUUGCCUUCAUUCUUUUUUUUGUUAACUAGCUCUCCUUUUCGGAUGGAGCCGUGACAAUAGAAAGGUUCAGUAUAAGUGCUUUUUAGGGUCCAGCAUCCGCCCCAUUCUAAAGGUGUUGGGAUGGAAAGCAGGUAUGAGCUUAAUGCACUUCCUUCUUGUUUUGGGUGUUCUACUGUGCAAUGGGAAUCCUUCUUUUUAGCAAUGGGAAUCCUUCUUUUAAGCUUCGGGUUGGAUUGUUAGUUCUUUUCAAUUUGCUUUGGAUAGAAGAAUCGAAAGACGGACCAUGUUAUAAAAAGUACAUACAAAACGAACAUAAAAUGCUUUCCUCAGCUUUUUUUUUUGUUUUUUGGUAAAUUCGUUUUCAAAUAUUCAUCUCACAUCCAAAGCUCAAGAAAACAAAUAAACUCGGCUUCUUUCACUUCAUUUUCCCCAAUCGCUUUUCCUGUUACUUUCCAUUUCUCUCCAAAAUUUCAUCAUCCAAACAGGCUUGUUAGUCCACAAUUUCUAAUCAUUCGUGAUAAGAAAAUUCCUUGGAUGGCAAAGCAAAGCUGAUGAGGAAUCCCCUUUCGGCCAAUGCAACACUUUGCUUCAAAUCUUCUCCUCCUGCCCUACUUUUUAUCCACUAUCAAAAUAUCGUAGACCAACUUGGCCGGCCCAAUAUAUCAAUCACUAUUCCAAUGACAGCUACCUUUUAUUGAACAAUAUAAAAUCCAGCCAUCCACUUGACACUGUCUGCUAAACAUCCUGCAUUACAGCCCCGUCGGCCCACUCUGCGGCAAAUAAGAAAAAUGGCUUCUCAUAGAGCAAAUGCUGAGAUUUCAGGCAGCAAUAGUGGCAGCAGCCAAGAGUACUGCACCGGAAGAUCGUCAGACAAAGAAAAUAGCCAGAGCCGCUUGGGAAGAGCACUAGUGCAAAGAGCACUUUUCGGCUCCGGCCGCCGCCGCAGUGGAGGUAGGAAGUUCAAAGGAUGUGACACGAAAACUUCACCAAGCAGGCUAAGCAGAGUUUCUUUGGCUGCCGAGGCAGAAAGCUAGAAGAAUACUAUAUGUUCCAGAAAACUUGAGGGGAGUCACUCUUAGAAUUUUCAAUCCUCAAUGUAUCACAUUGUUCAGUGGAAGAUUUGAACUUCUUUCUUGCUA